UCAUAAUGAUAAUCCUUCAUUAAUUUGAAGUUUAAUUUAAAUGCAGUCACAAAAAACUGUCAAACUGUUAACCUAAUGAUGAAUCAUUGGUUUAAAAUAGAACAAUUUGAAGAAAUCUCUGGAAAUUAAAUUUCACAAAAUGCGUAAAAAGUUUUGCUUCAAGAUGUAACCACCCCCAAGAUGUGAGAAAAGGUAGACACAAUGUUGAAAGAGCGCCUGCGUUAAAAAAAAAACAAAACACAUAAAUUUAAAUUCUUCUCCUGUAAACUAUCAAUUUUAACUUACCUAUUACUAGCCUUGGUCAAACUUCCGAGAAAAAAUUUAAAAUCGCUUUAAAAUUCAAUAAGUAAUACCCGUCCUACAAACAGGUAGUUUUGGCCUUUUAGAGUCGUUAUACCUCCACCGAAACUAUGUCAGUGUUAAACGAAGAAUCGGCCAGCAGCAGUUGCAAAAAGACGAAAACAAUGCCUAAUAUUAAAGUGUUUAGUGGUACAAGUCAUCAUGAUCUGACCCAGAGAAUCGUUGAUUUUUUGGGUAUCGACCUAGGAAGAGUAGAAACCAAAAAAUUUAGCAAUCUAGAAACUUGCGUAGAAAUAAACGAAUCAGUUCGAGGCGAAGAUGUCUACAUCGUUCAAUCGGGUAGCGGUAACGUCAACGACAAUCUCAUGGAACUCCUCAUCAUGAUACACGCUUGCAAAAUAGCAUCGGCUAGCAGAGUAACAGCAGUCAUUCCGUGUUUUCCCUAUUCCAGGCAGGAUAAAAAGGAUAAGAGUAGAGCGCCGAUAUCCGCUAAGCUUAUUGCGAAUAUGAUAACCGUUGCCGGGGCUAAUCAAAUUAUCACUAUGGACCUACAUGCUUCGCAGAUUCAAGGGUUUUUUGACAUACCAGUUGAUAAUCUAUACGCUGAGCCAGCGGUAAUAGGUUGGAUUAAACAGAACAUCCCAGAUUGGAAAAAUUCUAUCAUCGUGUCCCCAGACGCAGGCGGCGUCAAACGAGUCACGUCAAUUGCAGAUAAACUCAAUGUGGAGUUCGCUUUGAUCCACAAGGAGAGAAAAAGGGCAAACGAAGUCGCGUCAAUGGUUUUAGUAGGAGACGUUAAGGAAAAAGUUGCGAUCUUAAUAGACGACAUGGCAGAUACUUGUGGCACGAUAUGUCAUGCUGCCGAUAAACUUAUACUAGCAGGGGCUUGCAAGGUAUACGCGAUUCUAACUCACGGAAUUCUGUCAGGUCCGGCCUUAUCCAGGAUAGAGCAAGCCCCGUUUGAGGCCGUGGUAGUAACCAAUACCACUCCCCAAGAGGCGAACAUGACUAAAUGUUCCAAACUCAAAUGCAUCGACAUUUCUAGAAUAUUUGGAGAAGCUGUCAGACGUACUCACAAUGGAGAAUCAGUAUCAUACCUAUUUUGCAAUGUUCCUUAUUAAAUAAAUAUAUUUUUUUAAAUUUUC